GUAUUUGGUCACGUAUGCAAGUGACCGCCAGUCUUGCUUCGCAGGUUUUUUCACGCACGCUUUCUUCGCAGCACUAAAUAGAUGAAUAAAUGACGUCUACUACCCUGUUUACACGACGACGAACAAAAAAAAGGAGGCGUAAAGCACCGCGCGGCGAAAGAACAGCCAAAACUACACAAAUAUGAAAUCGGCUUGUUUCAGCUCGCGAGCGCCUCUUCAUAUGGCUCCACAUUGCGAAAUUGGCGUGCCUGGUGUUGAGGGCGAAAUGCAAUUCACUACUGCGGCGCCAUCACUGGCAGGGACGGCAAACCGUUCCUGGAACAGGGAGCCUGCCGCAGAUAUUUAGCACUGCUUUCUGCGUGCGGUGACGUGCCGUGCUCCGCCCCCGGCUCCCGACGCCGCUAAAACGUAAGUGUCGUCAGUCGCUACGACGCCUCCUGCCUUGGCGUUCACAUUCCUACGGCCCUGGAUAUGGAGGCAUACAGGUUCAUGCAGUUUGCCGAAGAGCAGUUCGGGGACGACGUGGAGUUGCUCGAGAGGACAGCCGAUGUCACCCGCGAUGCGUUUCAGUUGCCUUCACUGCUCGACCCGUGCACACAACAAAACGAAGGAGGUUGCCGCUGCUGGAUGGUGACGCAAGCGGAGGAGUUGAACAUGUUGCUGAACCCGUUCGGCAUGGAGUUCAACGAACUGCCGGAAGGCCGCCUGGACUUCGCGAUGGCCCACAACGAUCCCGUGGCUCCCGACGACCCCAAAGCGGUGGUCCUCUUCUUGUUCACGCUGUGGUUCCUGCGCGAGCACCGCUGUUUCUCCGGCGUCAGCCUGGACGUGUCGGUGCUGCAGCGCUUCCGGCCGGUGCAGUUCCUGCGGCACGUCGCGUUGGCCAAGCGGGUCGCCACGGUCCACCUGGUCGGCGUCGAGGGCAUCGAGCUCCCGUUCGACGUGUGCCCCCUGCUUGCGGCGCUCGAGCAAACGGAGCUGCUGACGCACGUCACCCUCGACAGGGUAACACUGAUGGAAGCUGAGGGCAACUGUCUUUCUUCCGUCGUCAUUGCCAAUCCCGCACUCCAGCGUUUGGCCCUUCGGAACGUGACCAUGAAAGACUCCGCCUUGGCCAGACUCGCGCAGGAGUUCAAGGAGCACCGCAGACCGCGAGAGUUUGAGUUGCGAGGAAGAGUCCGUAACAGUGCGGCGCGCGCUGUUACGGUCUCGAGGCUUUUGGACACCUCCUUGCAAAUUCUCCGCUUAGAAAUCACGUGUGACCUCUCCCAGCUGUUCGAGAAACUCAAGGACAACGCGCAGCUGGUGGAGCUCGAGCUAGGGCGCUGUUGCCCGGUCGGCGUCUAUCUGGACGCACUGGCUUCUGCACUGGCCCAAAACAUGACGCUGCGACUCCUCACUCUGAGCCUCGACAUGACAUGGAUGUCGCACAGAAGUUCCUCCUGGAGGCACCUGGGAGCCCUGCUUGAGAACAGCCGCUGGCUGGAAACUUUGUGCCUCCGUGAUUCGGGUCUUGGAAUGGGCGCUGUGCUCCCGUUAAGCGAGGCCAUGGAACGCAACGAGAAUCUCCAGACGCUGAACCUGAAGCGUUGUGGGUUCACCUGCGCCGACGCCCUCCUCUUUCUGCGGGCCCUUUCACGAAACGCAUCCUCUUGUAUGAAGGUGAAACUAGGUGUCCUAACGGGACAGGAGGGCGAACAGAUCGAGCUUCUCCGAGAGAUCCCGACUAGUGGACUGGAGGAUCGCGUUCACUGGGUUUUCACGUCCUCUCGGGCAGAGACGAUCACCUUGGCUUUGCAAAAGGGCAUAGUGUUUCCUCACCUUGAGUUCCACUGCCCAGCCACGGGAAAAGUUGGGAAUGUGUUCCGGGGUUUUAUGAAUAUCCAGGACCGGCUGACGACUCUGUACCUCGAGGGAUUCCACUUCUGCAACCACAGAAACGCCAGACAGCUUGCGCGGUUCUUAAGAGAAAGUGUAUUUCUCCGGAAACUCGAGCUGGGCGUGGUUGCCACCGCCGGUACCGGCUUGCUGCUUCUUCAAGGACUGGAGCGCUCCAAAUCCAUCGUGUCACUGAAACUGAUUGUGACCUGCUCGCAAGAAGCCACGGCGCGAGGGUUCGAAAGCUUUUUGCGGAGGAACACGAGUGUUGUAAAGCUGACCAUCGUCAAGGAAGAGAAAACACAGGAUGCAGCCCUGGUGCGCCGUCUCCGACGUGGCCUAAUGAAAAACUACAGUCUGCACGAGCUAAGGCUCUUUUGCUGCCACGGAAAAGUGCAAUUGCACGACUCGGCGAUUUCACGGUCGCUGCAUAUCAAUAGCAUUGCGGCGGCGUGCGCCGCCAAAUUAGUGGCGGACAAGGAGCUCACGAGGGCGACCAUGUUGGCGUUGACGCUGAUCAUGGAUUGUGACGCGGGCCCGGACAUCCUUUGCAAGGGCAUGGACUGCGAGAAAGGCGUUUUCGUAGCGAAGCUGAAGGACGCCCUCAGGACAGCCGAGGACGAGCUGUUCGGCCUCGCCUGCCUCUACAAGUCAGCGGCAGUAAGUGACGGACCGGGAGCCAGUUGCGGCCAAUUCUCAGCCCUCAAUGACGCAGUUCGCGCAGAAAUACAGAAGUGUUUGCACAGCAUGUGUGUUCCGAUUGACAUGUCACCCUUCGGCCAUUAUUGAUGCACCGGCACCCUUUUAGUUCAUCGAGCACAUUGCACUGAAUACUGUUCUGAAACGCAGUGACCCUCAUGAUAUUUUUUACUUUGCAUCAUUGUGCUUGCUAUCAUAAGUUCAUUGUCUUUAGCGAUUUUAUGACGCGUUUUAAAAUGACAUUGCGCAUUUCAAAUUGUCAAUAAAGAAACCAUGUCACAUA